UCCUGACCAGGGAGGCCUUCAAUGAAACUGACACAGAAAACAUCAGCAGGCCAACAAUGAACAAGACCGAAUCAUCAGCACCACAUCCGGCUGAUGAUGCCAGAGGCGUCCUGAAUGUGACUGACUCUGGGGAAGUUGUACACACUAUAGUGGAACCUGAGUCCGGAUCAUUUCAUCCAGACGACAGCCACGACACCUUGAAUGAUACCAACACAGGAAAUGCCACAGAGGCAGCAGUAGAAGCGUCAGUAGACCUAUUUUCUAUAGACUGGGAUGACAGCAGUGAUGGAAGUAUCACUGAUACUACAACGACAAGUGAGUUUGUAGCAUUUGGUCCGUACGACAGACAGGACACCUGGACUGAAACCAGCACAGAGGCUCCAGUUAGAUCAUUACCAGUGUCACCGACACCAACACAUUCAGCUCAUGAAGCCAGGGAUGUAGAUAUAGACAUAGAUAAGGAAGCUGAAUCAUCAGCACCACAUCCGGCUGAUGAUGCCAGAGGCGUCCUGAAUGUGACUGACUCUGGGGAAGUUGUACACACUAAAGUGGAACCUGAGUCCGGAUCAUUUCAUCCAGACGACAGCCACGACACCUUGAAUGAUACCAACACAGGAAAUGCCACAGAGGCAGCAGUAGAAGCGUCAGUAGACCUACUUUCUAUAGACUGGGAUGACAGCAGUGAUGGAAGUAUCACUGAUACUACAACGACAAGUGAGUUUGUAGCAUUUGGUCCGUACGACAGACAGGACACCUGGACUGAAACCAGCACAGAGGCUCCAGUUAGAUCAUUACCAGUGUCACCGACACCAACACAUUCAGCUCAUGAAGCCAGGGAUGUAGAUAUAGACAUAGAUAAGGAAGCUGUGUCAGUAUCAUUUCCUAAAGACAACAGACACAGCAUCUUGAAUGACUCCGACACAGAGAAUAUUACAGGGACGCCAAUACAAUCAUUAACAGACCCACUUUCUACGGACCAAAGCAGAGACGCCUUCAAUGACAGCAGAACCAUUAUCGAUAAACCCAUGCAAAGUGGCCCACUUUCUGGAGACCAAAACACUGAUGCCUUCAAUGGCAGCAGAACCCUGAUUAAAACACCCAUGACAAGUGACUCCCAGGACAACAAGCAAAAUUUAACUAGCAACAAUAAAGGGACAAAAACUGAAUCACCAACACCACAUCCACCUGCCAACACCAGAGAUGUCGUGAACGAUACUGACUCUAAGAAACUUGUAGACACAAAAAAGGAACCUGAGUCAGUAUCAUUUCAUCAAGACGACAGCGAUGAGAAUGUUACAGGGACACUAAAUAAAUCAUUAACAAACUCUUCAUAUCCACACAAGACCGCCAACAAGACCAAUGUGAUAGGCAAUGAGAGAAGGAAAAGAUCUGAGUGCAGUAUUAAAACUAUUAAAUGUUCGGAGCAAGCCACCGCCAUGAUCACCACUUUUGGAGCCUGGAUGUCAGAUGUAUCGCGGCUGGAUGAUGGUCGAUACUGGCUGGCUGAUCAUUUUUCAGGUCGAAUUUUGAUGGAGUAUGAGAACAUGUCAGCAAUUCAGAACAGGACCUACAAACCUAUAGAUGUCGGGAAGUUCUACCAGGGGUGUGGCCACGUUAUUUACAAGGGGUCAUUUUACUUCCACCAAGCAGGAACAAACAGGAUUAUAAAAUUUGACCUGAGCUCUUGGAGAACAGACACUCUGACCAUGGCAAACAGCAGAUAUAACAGACUGGCUUAUCUUUUCAGCAACUCAAAGACGUACUUCAAGUUUGCUGUGGAUGAAAAUGGACUGUGGGUCAUUUUUGCAUCAGAUACAGAUGAUAAUACAAUGGUUGCAAAGCUCAACGCCGACACAUUGUCUGUGGAGUCCGUCAUCAACACUCUCUACCCCACAGCUAAAGCAGGAAAUGCUUUCAUUGUGUGUGGGAUAGUAUAUUUUACAGAUGACACAGACAGAAGAGUGACAUAUACCUUUGAUUUAAAGAAAGAGAGUCCUUCUGAUGCAAGUUUUGAUUUAAGGCCAGCUAAUGGCAUCUUGGCUAUGCUGUCAUACUAUCCCAACAAAAAGCUUUUCUAUAUGUGGGACAACAGCAGUGUGAAAACCUGCAGAGUUAAACUGAAAAUGACCUAAAGAUAUUCAAAUACUUUGUAAAAUGAGCAAUAAAAGAUUUUCUUUUGACAUCA